AUGUAUUCGUUCCGCUCAAGUUCACAACUAACAAAAUCGGUAUUAAGAUGGGCAGGUAAUUUUCAAAGGAAGACCAAUUACUGCAAACGUUUUUAUGCCUCAAGCGAUCCGAGAGUGACAAAAGGCCUCGUAAUCGGAGUGUAUCAAAAGGAGGGCGAUAAGGAUCCGAAGUUAACGACUAGUGGUGAAAAAUUUGAUGAUCGGGUUCAGGGCAAGGUAUCGGAACUUAUUAAGGAAUGCAAUAUUACCGGUCAAUUGGGUCGCGGCAAGGUGUUCAACAACAUUGAUCAAGAAUAUAGAUCGGUGGCUGUAAUUGGGGUUGGACGUGAAGGCGCCGCCUUUAAUGAAUUGGAGAUGAUUGAUGAGGGCAUGGAAAACGUUCGCAUUGCCACUGGUGUUGGCGCUCGCAGUCUACAACUGCAAGGUUGUUCAGAGGUAUUUGUUGACUCUAUGGAAUAUCCCGAACAGGCGGCAGAGGGUAGCGCCCUAGCCGUAUGGCGUUACAAUGAUAAUAAACAAAAGAAAAAUCGAACGUUGGUACCGAAAUUAGAGCUAUAUGAUUCACCUGAUGUUGAUGCCUGGACGAGGGGUCUGUUCAAAGCCGAAUCACAGAAUUUGGCAAGACGUUUAAGUGAUGCUCCAGCUAAUCAAAUGACUCCCACAACCUUUGCCCAGGCUACCGUUGAUGCGCUCUGUCCGUGUGGUGUGACGGUAGAGAUACGCACCAUGGAAUUUAUAGAACAACAGCAUUUGAAUUCUUUUCUGACAAUUGCAAAGGGUUCGUGUGAACCUCCCGUUUUGUUGGAGAUUAGUUAUUGCGGUACGGCGCCGGAGGAUAAACCGAUUUUGUUGUUGGGCAAAGGAAUGACAUUCAAUAGUGGUGGCAUUUGCCUCCGACCCUGCAAGGGCAUGGAUGAGUAUCGUGGAUCCAUGGCCGGAGCAGCGGUGUGUGUGGCCGCAAUUCGUGCUGCUGCCGCACUCUCCCUGCCAAUCAACAUCUCCGCUGUUAUACCAUUAUGUGAAAAUAUGCCCUCCGGUAUGGCCUGCAAACCGGGUGAUGUUGUGACCCUGCUAAAUGGCCGGACAUUGGCAAUUAGAGAUACUGACAAAGCUGGUGUUGUGGUUAUGGCCGAUCCCCUGCUUUAUGCCCAAACAACAUAUAAACCCCGCUUGGUAAUUGAUGUCGCCACCCUGGGUAGUGGUGUGGUGAAAGGGCUGGGUGGUAGUGCUACGGGUAUUUUCUCAAAUUCCCAUUAUAUUUGGAAACAGUUUCAAAAGGCCGGCUCCCUGACGGGAGAUCGUAUGUGGCGUUUGCCCUUAUGGAAUUAUUAUAAGAAAUUGGUGACAAAUAACAUUAGCUUUGAUAUUAGCAACAAUGGAGAUGGACCGGCUUCAAGCUGUUUGGCGGCAGCUAUUUUACAUGAAUUUGUACCCUGUGUUGAUUGGGCCCACUUGGAUAUACGCGGUGUAGGCAUGCUGACCCAUUAUGGUACCAUACCCUAUCUAUUGAGAGAUCGUAUGACUGGCCGUCCUACUCGGACUCUUGUACAAUUUCUAUAUCAAAUGGCUUGCCCGGAUGCAAAUAAAUAA